UAUCCUAGUUAUUUUCUCAUAUAAAUAUUAUGUAAGUAGCCCAACUUUGUGGCAACUUUUUGUUGGUGUUUGUUUACAGAAAUCUUUGAAGCACCGACCAACCGAGAAGCACGGCUCUUCAUCUACAUCCCAUUAGAAGUAGUAUUGUGUUUAGUUCAACAAAUUAUAUGAUAUUACUCUAUUUGGGCAAACUCCACAUACAUUAGAAAAGUCACACGUCAUCUCGUUAAUGUAAUCACGAUGCGGUCCAAUAUUUUUCUCAGUCGUCUUCAAGUCACAAUUUAUCUGAUACACAAAUUUAAUAUACUUCUUAAAGUAUUAUCACUAUGUUGCCAUAAUAUUAAGCUUUGAAUGGUGACCAAGGAACGAAGGAAAACACUGAAUUCCUUAUCAUUCCCAAAAAAAAUCACCAUUCACAAGGAAUAGUUUUUCCUUCUUGUUCCUCUCCAUUCAUUUUUUUGUAGAGAAAUAUAGAACAAAAACAUUCCUUGUUAAAUUUGAUAAGGAACAAACAUUCAUUUUCAUUCCUGCAAUUUUAUUCCUACAUUCCUUUCCUAUUCGUUCCUCGUGUUUCCAAAAAGGUCACCAGUCGGAACCUUAGUCUUCAAAGUCUUUUAAUAUAUUAAUUAUCAUUAUUUUAAGAAAUAGCUUUCUAAUUAAAAAGGAAACAUAUCCAAAAUUUUGAAUAAACAUUAUGGUUUUAUUGAUGUAAUAAUUAAAAUAGAUAGUCAAAUAAAUGUUUUGACUAUGAUGAUAGAAUAAUUUUUAAAAGGAAGCAAAUUAAAAACUAGCUUUCACUGGUAAAAGUUAGUUAAGGUAGUUGAGCUUCAAAAGUCAAAAUCAAAACCAACUUCCACAAGCUACCUUAUUAGCCCUUCUCUGUCUCAUGUAUAUAUCAUUCACACAAAGUAACCAUAAAAACAUUACCAUUUCAUUUCAUUUCCACAAAACAAAAAUUCUAUUUAUUUUCUUGACCAGAGGGAAAAAAAGAUUCAGUUUGCCUAAACCCCUAAAAACACAGCAAAAUGGAUCCCAGAUUUUGCCUAAUCUCAGCUCUAAUCUUCUUGUCUCUACUUUCAAACUCUCCCAUAUUGAUUCUUGCUCAAAUCAGUACUCCGUGUUCACCAACCAUGCUCUCAAGCGUUACGGGGUGCAUGAGUUUUCUAACGGGAGGUGGUAGUUCUCCGACUUCUGAUUGUUGUGAGGCUCUUAAAUCGUUAACCGGAACCGGUUUGGACUGUUUGUGUCUAAUUGUAACCGCAAGUGUGCCCAUCAAUAUUCCUAUUAACCGAACUCUAGCCAUCUCUCUUCCUCGUGCAUGUGGCAUGCCUGGUGUCCCCGUUAAAUGCAAAGCUUCUGCAGCACCUCUUCCUGCUCCAGGCCCUGUGUCUCUCGGUCCAACCACUCCUACAGAAACGCAAUCUCCUCAAGGCUCAGCUUCUUUCGGUCCUACCACUUCUCCAGCAAGUUCGAUAAUUCCUGAUGACCAGAAUAUUCCCGCAUCGGACAAGGGAGAAAACCCGACAGCCUCAACUCCUUCAGCCUCGUCGCCUUCCUCUUCGCACUCUAUCAAGCUUCCGCUUCUUCUACUUACUUUUUUCGCCUUUCAGAUUAUCAGUUUACUCUUAAGUUAAGCCCAAUUACAUAUAUCAUAAUAUCUGGAUCAUUACUUUCAUAUUGAUCUGAUUCUGGUUAAAUACUGUUCUAAAUUUAUUUGAAUUUGAUG